CCCAUUUAAGAGUCACCACAGCGGAUCACCCGUCAGCAGAUUUUGAUUCUGGCACAAGUUUUACGCCGAAUGCCUUUCCUGACAAAACCCUCCUGAUUUUCCAGGCUUAGGAUCAGCACUGAGAGUGCACUGGCUGGUUCCCUGACCCGGAUUCGAACCCUGGGCCAUGGCAGGUUAAGAAUAAAUAAUGAACGCUAUGAAUGCAUGGUGUAACAUGUUCACAUUAAUGAAUGUGUUCUUGCUUCAUAUCUGCCUGCUUGUUUUUGCAUGAAAGUAAAAAUCUCCCUUUCACACCCCAUAGAAUCAGUCACAAUGCAAAAAUCUAUGCUCAGUCAGAUGUCCUGUGUGAUGAUUGUCAUCUGUUCAUAUAAUAUCUUCAUAUUAUUCAUAUGGUUCAAUUUCUAGUAACCCCAACCCCUAGCUUUAAAGUGAACCUUUAUAACUUUUUUCAACAAAUUUAGGUGUUUUUUUGUUUUGUUUUGUUUUUUUUUUUUUGUUGUAAAAAGUGUGAGAGCAUGUUGAAACUUUCAUAACAAUUCUAAUAGUAUGAACAACAUGAUAUGAUUGCAUACACACAUGCAUGAAUGAUACAUGCAAUGCUAGUCAAAUCUGGCCAGGAUAAGCAUCUUCAGACUGCAGCUUUUAUCUCGAAAGUGUGAGAUUGCUGCUUUCUGACUGGAACUGAAGGAAGUGUGUGCAUUGUAAUGUUAAUGCGCUUCGGUGCGGCGCUAGGACCAGGCGGGUAGGCCCAUGCUGUCUCAGUGACACACACACACACACACACACUAGGGUGAUUUGUGUGUUUGUGUGUGUGUGUGUGUGUGUGUGCACGCGCGCGUUGGUGACAUCCAGCGGCGCGUUUGCUGCUCUGUGUGUGCAGAAGUGUUGAUUGGCAGUGCGCACGCGCUCUGAAGCUCAGCAGUUGAGCAUUGGAGGAGUGCGCGGUCUCCAGUAGUGUCGGAUCAGAUGUUCCUGAAGUUCAGCACAUCAGCUGUUGCUCUGUAUGUGAUGGUGCCGUGAUAUCAGUCCGAUCUGGCCCUGGUCAGCCCGCUUCGGUCCGGGUCAGAUCAGCCUCUCACCGGCAGCAUGGCAUCCGGAGUUGAGCUCGCGCUCUCGGCUCUCCGCGUCGUGAUGAUGCUCGCGGUCUGCUCCGGUGACAGUCUGUUUAAUGAAGCAAAUCCAACCAAUCAGCUGGGGCCUUUUGGUAAAGUGGAACACUAUGGCUCUACAGAACCGUGGCUUCUCAUCGGUGGGCAGAAAAGACCAAUCAGCCUUUUGCCAUCAAUGGGACAUCCUGCAUCACUGAAGCUCCAGAUUGAGGCGGAAGGCAAACAGCUGCUGCUCAUUCUACAAAAAAAUGAGGGGCUUUUUGCCAGUCACUACACAGAAACACACUACCUGGAUGGAGGGAUGCCCAUCACCACGUCACCCAGCUCCAGAGUAAACUGUUACUACCAUGGAGAGGUGAAGGGCUAUCCGCAAUCCGACGUCAUCCUCAGUACCUGCACAGGACUCAGAGGGCUGAUCACACUUAAAGAUAAAGUGUUGGUGCUGGAGCCAGCGCAUAAGCCCAACAGCACUCUACAUCAUGUCUUUAGAGGAGAGCAUCUCACCUUGAAGCAGGGGACAUGUGGACAUGGACACAAUGUCUCCUAUACUACAGGACUCUCAGACACUAAUGGGGGCUUCUUCAGCUCGCAUGGUAACAGGUACAAAAGACAAGCUCAGAGCAGCACUAAAUAUGUCGAACUGAUCAUUGUAGCAGAUAACCGAGAGUAUCAGAAACAGGGCAAGGAUCUGGAGAAAGUGAAACAGAGGCUGGCUGAGAUCGCCAACUAUGUGGACAAGUUCUACAGAGCACUGAAUAUCCGUGUGGCCCUGGUAGGCUUGGAGGUGUGGAGUGACUCAGACAAAUGCCCUGUCUCUCAGGACCCAUUCACCACACUGCAUGAGUUCCUGGACUGGAGGAAACUCAAGCUUUUACCACAAAGACCACAUGAUAAUGCCCAGCUUAUCAGUGGGGUGUAUUUUCAGGGCACCACUAUUGGCAUGGCUCCCAUCAUGAGCAUGUGUACGGCCGAGCAGUCGGGGGGCAUUGUCAUGGACCACUCUGAUAACCCCCUUGGAGCUGCAGUUACUUUGGCUCAUGAGCUGGGACACAACUUUGGAAUGAACCAUGACACACCCGAGCGGGGGUGUGGGUGCAGGGUGACAGCGGACAGAGGCGGCUGCAUCAUGACUCCUUCAACUGGGUACCCCUUCCCCACUGUGUUCAGUUCAUGCAGUAAGAAAGACCUGUUGGUGAGUUUGGAUAAGGGAGUGGGUAUGUGUCUCUUCAACAUGCCUGAGGUGAAGGUGCUCUACGGAGGACAGAAGUGUGGCAAUGGAUACGUAGAAGAGGGGGAGGAGUGUGACUGUGGAGAUCUCGAGGAAUGUAUGAACCCAUGCUGUAACGCCAGUACAUGCACUCUGAAGUUGAAUGCAGUGUGUGCACAUGGCCAGUGUUGUGAAGACUGUCAGCUGAAGCCUGCAGGUACACUGUGCAGAGAGUCCACUAACUCAUGUGAUCUGCCGGAGUUUUGCACAGGUUCUGACCCUCACUGUCCCUCUAACGUUUACCUGCACGAUGGUCACAUGUGUCAUGGUGUGGACGGACACUGCUACAAUGGCAUCUGCCAAACACAUGAACAGCAGUGUAUCACACUCUGGGGUCAAGGUGCAAAGCCAGCUCCAGGCAUCUGUUUCGAGAGGGUGAACUCAGCAGGAGACCCAUAUGGCAACUGUGGAAAAGACUCCAAGGGCUCAUUCGCUAAAUGUGAAGCACAAGAUGCUAAAUGUGGGAAGAUCCAGUGCCAGGGCGGGGCGAAUCGGCCAGUAAUCGGAACUAAUGCAGUUUCCAUAGAGACCAACAUCCCGCUGCCGGAAGGUGGGCGUAUCCUGUGCCGGGGGACACACGUGUAUCUGGGUGAUGACAUGCCUGACCCAGGGCUGGUACUGACUGGAACCAAGUGCGGCAACAACAUGAUGUGUCUGAAUCGGCAGUGUCAAAACAUCAGCGUGUUUGGCGUCCAUGAGUGUGCGGCUAAGUGCAGCGGACGUGGGGUGUGUAAUAAUAAAAAGAAUUGUCACUGUGAAGCACACUGGGCUCCCCCUUUCUGUGAUAAAGCUGGAUUUGGAGGCAGCGUGGAUAGUGGACCAGUGAGACAAGCAGAUGGGGAGAGUAUAAAAGUGGGCAUCGUGGUAGCAUUCCUGUGUUUGCUCUGCGUGGCCAUGAUCGUCUGCGUUAAGAGGAAGACUCUGGUCGGCCUUUUCAUCAAUAACAAGAAAAACAACAUUGAGAAGCUAAGGUCAGUGGGACCAAGCAGGCUGAUCAGUCAAGGACACACCCUCUCAGCCCCCGAGACACAAGCACAGUCCUCAUGCAGAGCAUCAUCUCAUUGUCAAGCUCCAGCCAUACCACAAAGUAGCAGCAUAUAUAAGCCCCAGUGUUCUCGCCCGAUGUUGAACUCUGUUGUUGGAUCUCACACUCUCCGUGCUCUGCCCCAGUGUCCUCCCCUCCACCUGAGCCCACUGUUACCAUUGCCCUUUGCCCCACCCACCCAACGUGCACCUCCACCACCCCUGCCACACACACCAUCACCCUGCCACAGAGAUCCUCCAGCACUGCACACACACUCCAACCUCCACACUCCAGCACGCGGAGCCUCCCUCCUCACCUUAAGCUGCCAGAACACCUGUAGGAUGGCCAUGGAGUUAGAGAAGCCAAGCCCGCCUCAGAAGCCUUUACCUGCUGACCCGUUGGGACGGAGCUCUCGACUGGGACGAAGCCCCCUAGCAGCACAUUUCCCUGCUUCCAGCUCAACCCCGCCCAUUUUACAGUCCAGCAGACCGCCUCCUAAGCAGCCCCCCACACUGCCAAAGCCUCAGUUCUUCAUAGGAAUGAAGAAGCCCUGCAGCUGAGACAGAAGCCUUUGAGACCUGUGGUUCAAUCCUUUUUGCACUAAGAAACUCUGCUGGUCCUCAUGAACGGUGUGUCAUGACGGUCAUGAUGGCUUGAUGGUUCGAUCCCUCGGUGCUACGCCUCCCUCCUUCAACGGUGCUAUGAGUCAACACUCAGGUACACAUCGUACAUUAUUUAUGUUCAUCAAAAGUGUAUUUAUUUCAACAUUGUGACAACAUUUUUUGUAGCAUUAUGCCCUGAUUUGGAUUGGAUUUUGAACUGCGUAAUGAGUCGAGUACUAGCAUGAUUCAGCAGUAUGGAGGGAGGCAUUAAAGAGAUACUCUAACCUGUGAAAAUAAACUGAAGACUGUAAUGUUGGUGCUUUUUAUGCUAGAACUUGAACGGGGGGAAAUGUUUAGACGGGAACAGAUGUGCUCUGUUGCUGCAUAACAUAAUGUGACAUAGUCGUAACAUAAGGGUGACAGACUCAUCUCGGACCACCAUAUUGGGAAAGUUUGUGUCUGUGCAGUGAAGACAGCCAGGGGUUCCCCUUUCUGACACCAUACACUCUUGUUCAUAUAGACACACCUGUAGAGAACUUGAGGAACUAUACAUGAAUUUUCAUGGUAGGCUUUAAAGAGUACUAGAUUUGACUGUUGGAAGUCAGUUUAACAUAAUACGCUGGUGUUUUUCCAAUAUAAUCCCUAUCUACUGCAAUUGGAGCAUACAGUUGAGGUCACGCGUUUACAUACGCCUUGCAGAAUCUGCUAAAUGUUCAUAAUAAUGAAAAAGAGAGAGCAUACAUUUCACAUAACAGAUGUUUAUAUAUAGUCCACAAGACACAAUAAUAACUGAAUUUACACAAAUGAACCAGUUCAAAAGUUUACACACGCUUGAUUAUUAAUACUGUGUUGCUACCUGGAGGAUCAACAACUGUGUUUAUGUUUUGUGAGAGUUGUUCAUGAGUCCCUUGUUUGUUCUGAGCAGUUAAACUGCCCACUGUUCUUCAGAAAAAUCCUCCAGGCCCUGCACAUUCUUUGGGCUUACAGCAUCUUCUGCAUAUGUGAGCCCUUUCCAACAGUAGCUAUAUGAUUUAAAAAUUUUUGUCAUUAAAGAUUUAUAUCCGUUGAAGUCGGGCGCAUGGUGGCACCUCACACCUCCAGGGUUGGGGGUUCGAUUUCUGCCACGGCCCUGUGCGGAGUUUGCAUGUUCUCUCCGUGCUGUGGGGAUUUCCUCCGGGUACCCCGGUUUCCUCCCCCAGUCCAAAAGACACGCUUGGUAGGCAUGUCCAAAUUGUCCGUAGUGUAUGAAUGGGUGUGUGAAUGUGUGUAUGUGAUUUGUGCCCUGCGAUGAAUUGGCGCUCUGUCCAGGGUGUACCCUGCUUUGUGCCCGAUGCUCCCUGGGAUAGGCUCCAGGUUUCCCCGUGACCCUGAAGGAUAAGCAAUAUAGAAGAUGGAUGGAUUUGUUGAAAUCAAAACAAUAAAAGUCUUAGAAUGAGAUAGACAUGAAAGUACUACCAAAGGCACUCUUGUGAGUUUUAUCGAGCUUUCCAACACUGGAGAAGUUCCGGUCAUCACUAACCUGUUGAGGUAUUUCCAUGCUUAAAGCUGAGCUGUAUUAACAAGUGCCCUUACACGUCUAUUAUAAGUAUAUUUUGAGUACCAAGUUUUCUUUUUCUUCUCAGCACAGGGAAAUUUUCUCAGUACAAGGCAACGUGUCGAAAUUACUAUCUGAAAUAUGCUACAGAUGUAGUUAAUAGAGAUUAGGUCGGAAAAACACCAGAGUAUUCCUUUAAAAUAUAAAAUUUUUAAUAAUCCCUAUUAUUUGAAUCCUCUCUCCCAGUGUGCCUGAAUAAUAUAAAGAGGUUUGCUUCACUGUUUAUGGUUGGUGAAGCUUACAGGAGGUGACAUUAAGACAUUUACACAGCAAGACCAUGAAAAUCAGUGAAAGGAUUUGCAGUGUUUUUAGAGUAUGAUCAUAUAAAAACUUGACAUCUGUAGCAAACUGGAGUGUGUACCCCAGGGAACUAUUUCAGCUGUGACAGUGUGUGUUUUCACUGAGCCUACAUUUAUUUGAAAUCUAGACAAUGUAGAGCUUUAUAUAUUUUUUUUAAUACUUAGCACGUACCAUCAUGUUACUGUGUUCUUGGCUUGCUUUUGUGUGAAAUAUGUUGUUUUUAAUAAUCAGUGGGUGUCCACAGCAGUCACUAGCAUUUUUUCUUUUUCUUUUCACAAUUGCUUAUAAAAUGGAUUACAUCAAGUGAUAUUUUUAGCUAUGUUUUCACUCCUGCACUCGUAUAACUAAUACACCAGUUCAGUUUAUGAUUUAAGGAUUUAAAGUCUGAGAAUCUGUGCAAGUCUAGAUUCUUUUUUUUUCAAUGGUAAUCAUGGAGCACUAUAGUAUGUUAAUCAUAUUGCUUGUCUUGUUAUGCAGUCUGUAUUUCUGUAGUCACUUUUUUUUUUUUUUUAACCAUUUUGUAACUGUACACUUGUAUCAGUAUUUCUACACGGAGAAAUAAAAUAUGAUAUUCACUUUCUUUAUUUUGCUCAGUGACUGCGAACGCGAACACGUUUUGUACGAUAACUCUUUGAUAAAUCGUGUGUGGUGGGGGUGGAAGUGUAAAUAUCAGUGUUUUGAUUACAAAUUAUGAACCAGCGUUAAGUAAAGUUGUCUAUGAAAAUGAUUUGUGUUGCACCUGAGUCAGUUCUUGCUUUUGCAGUUUGUCAGCUCCACCUGCUGGACUCUCCUCCACUAAUAAAUGGAUGAUAUUCUGAAAUAAAGACAUGUUGUUAUGGUGUUGAAAUUUAUAAACAGGAUUCUACAUUAAAUGUAAUAAAUAACGUUGUAUAAUCUGUCUUGGUAAACCUUUAGCCAUCUCGAGAGCACCGGCAACAAACUUUAAUAAAAUCUGAAAUGAAGAGCACUUCAACAUUCCUGAUGCUUUACAUUCAAGCACAUGUUUCACCACAUCCCUUCACACAUCAACAACAGCAAGAGACAGCAAGAGACUCUAACAGCUUUACUCAAAAUCGAAUCAGAAUUAGCAUGAACGAGUCAGUAAUUUCUGUAUCGGUUUCACCCUUUGAAUCGUUUAAUUAGUUUAAAAGGCCCAUUUAUAGCAUUUGUAUUUGAUUUAUCAACUCUCAUGUUUUUUCCUCUUCUAAAUGGGUAUGUACACAGAAUCAUCUUGCACCAGAACAUUAACCAGACUAAAGCAGACAGUACACUCAUAUAUAUAUAUAUAUUUAAUAGAAGCAGAAAGUCAGGCACUAUUUAUUAAACCUACUGUAGUAUACAGUAAAUCACACUAAGAGCACUUUUACAGCUAUGCACCAUAAUGUGCUGUAAAAUAAU